GUUAGGCCAGGAGGGAACCCACUGGGAUGGGGAUCAAAGAUGGUGGCCCAUUGGAUUGGAGCCAAGGGUCAUGGGCACCCGCUGAGUUCGCCAGUCUUAAUGACGGAGUUGGUACUAUCUCCAAGGAGGCGUCCCACUUUCCCUUCCUGUCAACAGUUUCCCUCUAGGGUGGCAUCUUGCUAAGUGAGUUCCGUCCCUGCUAUUUUGAGUUUUCAUCUUUCAUUUGUUCUUUCAUCAGGAGGGCAGGGUGAAUUUUAUGUUUCGUUCAUGAAUAUAUCCUGAAUACUUCGAACGGUACCAGGUGCACAAUGACUACUCUUGAAGGAAUAUGAUGGACCCCAGGGGAAAAGACACUUCUGCUGGUCCAGUUCUCGAAGGGAUGUGUGAAGGCAGAAAGGGAAAGUAACGGUUACAAUAUGAUUAUGGAGGACACUCAGGCUAUUGACUGGGAGGCUGAAGAAGAGGAGGAGACAGAGAGACCCAGUGAAUCCUUGGGGUGUAACUUGGCGCCCGUAGGGCGACUGCAUAUCUUCAGUAGUGCCUAUGGACCAGAAAAAGAUUUCCCACUCUACCUCGGGAAGAAUGUGGUAGGCCGAAUGCCUGAUUGCUCUGUGGCCCUGCCUUUUCCAUCCAUCUCCAAACAACAUGCAGUGAUUGAAAUCCUGGCCCAGGACAAGGCACCUGUCCUCCGGGAUUGUGGGAGCCUCAAUGGGACUCAAAUCCUGAGGCCUCCUAAGGUCCUAAGCCCUGGAGUGAGUCAUCGUCUGAGAGACCAGGAGUUGAUUCUCUUUGCUGACUUGCCCUGCCAGUACCAUCGCCUGGAUGUCCCCCUGCCUUUUGUCUCCCGGGGCCCUCUAACUGUAGAGGAGACACCCAGGGUACAGGGAGGAGCUCAUCCCCAGGGGCUCCUGUUGGCUGAGGACUCAGAGGAGGAAGUAGAUCCUCUUUCUGAAAGGCAUGUGGUGAAAGAACCAAGGACUACAUCUUCCUCUUUGGCAACAGUAGUUCCGGAGAGUGAUGAAGAGGGGCCUUCCCUAGCCCCGGGUGGCCCUGGGCCACCUUUUGCCUUCAACUUGGACAGUGACACAGAUGAGGAAGAAAGUCAGCAACCAGCAGCAGGGGAGCCCUCCUCAGCUGCCAUGAGAGGUGCCAUUGCAGAGACAGAACAGCCUAAAGCAACCACAACUGAAAUCCAACUUGAAAAGGAUCAGUGUUCAGUGAAGGAAAGGGACAAUGACACAAAAGUCAAGAGGGAUGCAAGGAAUGGGGUAGUUCCAGCUGGGGUGAUUCUGGAGAGGAGCCAAUCUGCUGAGGAGGACAGUGACACAGACGUGGAUGAUGAGAGCAGAUCUCCAGGAAGGCCAGCUGAGGUCCAUUUGGAAAGGGCCCAGCCUUGGGGCUUCAUAGAGAGUGAUACCGAUGUGGAAGAAGAGGGGAUCCCCGCUACCCCAGCUGUAGUUCCUAUGAAGAAGAGGCAAAUCUUCCAUGGAGAUGAUGCAAAGAGUCCUGGGGCACCUGGCUUGGCACAUCUGCAGGAGAGCCCAGCUGGUAGUGAUACAGAUGUGGAGGAGGGUGAGGCCCUACUAACGGUCCCUCUGGAGAGAAGCCAAGCCCCCAUGGUGAUCGACAGCAAUACAGAUGACGAGGAAGAAGUCUCAGCAGCACUCACUUUGGCACGUCUGAAAGAGAGCCGAGCUCUUACCUGGAACAGAGGUACAGCUAUGGAAGAGGACAAAGCCCAACCUGUCAUGCUUCUGGAGCGAAGCCAAACCUCUGCCGAGAGAGACAGUGACACCGAUGUGGAGGAAGAGGAGCUCCCAGUGGAAAAGAGAGGAAUUGUCCCCAAGGAUCACACAGAUGGGGCACAUUCAGAAAAGAGCCAACCUCCUCUUGGGGACAGUGAUAGAGAGAUGGAGGAAGAUAAGAGCUCACCUGCAGUCCACCUGGAGAGAAGCCAAGCCUCUGCCACACUGGAUGUCAACACACAAGUGAAGGAGGAAGUCCCACCAGGGCCAGAUGUUACACUUCUGGAGAAGCAUCAGGUACCUGUGGCAUGGACAAAUCAAACAGAUGUGGAAGCAGAAGGGGGCCCAGCAAAGCUGCCUAUGGUGCGUCUAGAGGAAGUCCAGCCUCCUCCAGUUGGGGACUGUGAGGUCACAUCCUUAAGAGCCUCAGCAGUGACAGAUGUAAGAAAGAGCCAGCUUCUCACAGGAGGGGAUACUGGGACAGAGUGUACUGUGGCUGUUCUUAAGCAGGAGAGAGCUCUUGAGGCGGGGGCCCAGGGUGGGUCACCUGUGGCAUUAGUGGAGCAGGGCCUUCUCCCUGUCUCAAGGGAGAACCUAACAGAUCUGGUGGUGGACACAGGCACUCCAGGAGAACCCAUUCAGCCACAGAGAGAGGGAGCCCAGACGCCCACAGAAGGGGAGAGAGAACCACAUGUGGAUGGGGCCAAGGACUCUGGAGAUGACCGUGAUGAUUCUGAAGAUUUAGACCUGCAAGCUACCCAGUGUUUUGUGGCGAGAGAGGGUCAGAGCCUGGCAGCACUCCAGAGCAUGGAGGAUGAACCCACCCAGGCCUUCCUGUUAACUCUACCCCAAGAGCCUGGCCCUUCCCAUUGCAGCUUCCAGGCCGAAGGUGCCCUGGAUGAGCUAUGGGAGGUCUUGGCUACACAGCCAUACUGUCCAAGAGAGUCUGAGUCCUCUGAGACCCAGCCCGUUGCUGCCCACCUUGAGGCCCAUGGAUCUUGCCUCUCUCCACCUAGGGCAACACCAGGAGAACAGCAUCCAGAGAGCCCAGUUCAUGCAGAGCCACUGGGGAUUCAAGGCAGAGAGAUGCAAACUGUGGAGAAAGACAUGGGUACACCAAGAGAAACAGCAGAGAGGGUGACCCCUGAGAGAGGGCCAUUGGAGAGGGCAACCAAGAAACUGCCACUAGAAGGGGAGAGAGAAAAUGUGAUAGGAGAGGAAGAAUUAACCAGAGGGAUACAGGACAGUGAACAAAAGCAGGUGUUAGCUAGAGACACUCAGAGACAAGAUUCUGACGAAAAGGUGACAAGUCCCGAAAGGAAUAUGGAGAGUUUGAAGGUAGAAAUUGAGACACCCGAGGAAAUACAAGAGAAAGAGAGAGAAAAGCAGACUCUUGCAAGAGAAAUAUUUGAGAGAGAAGCAGAGAAACUAGUACCAGAGAGAGUGUGUGAGGCAGGUGGGUUAGAAGUCAAGGUAUCCAAAGUGAUACUAGAGAGAGGCCCUCAAGGAGGGGAGCCGGAGAGAGGGAGCCAGGACCAGAAAGGGAAGGCCUCCAGUCCAACACCAGAGCCUGCGGUGGGGGCGGGGGGCCUUCAGGGACUUGCUGCAGCCACGGUAGCUUCUGGGAGCCAAUCAGGUGGAGGAAGGGGAGUCCCAGUGAGCCCCAGGAGGCAGGAGAGAGGCCACUUGAAUUGCGAGAUGCCACCUGCUGAGAAGGCUUCCAGGGGUGAUCAGGAAUCCCCAGAUGCUUUUCUGCCUCCUGCGGUGCCUGAAGCCUCGGUCCCACUCCAAAACCCCCUCACCUCUCAGAGCCGAAAGCAAAAUGGGAGUCAGGGAACCCCAGAGAUUCCUUCCACAGAGCUGGAGCCUCUCCACUCAAAACCCAAAGUCAGUCCCCAGGGGUCCUCCAGGUUGACACCCUCUCCAGUUUCUUCUAUAGCCCCUGAGUCCCACCCUACCACCCCAACAGACCAGCCUGUCAGCCCUGAGCCCACAUCUCGGGCCACUCGGAGCAGAACACGUAGGUCUUCUGAAAUGACCCCUGCACCAGUUGUCCCCACAGCGCCGGAGCUGCAAUCUUCCACCUCCAAAGACCAGCCUGUCACCCCUAAGCUCACAUCUCGGACUCGGGGCAGGACACAUAGGUCCUCUGUCAAGACCCCUGAACCAGUUGUCCCCACAGCUCCUGAGCUCCAGCCUUCCACCUCUAAAGAACAGCCUGUCACCCCUGAGCCCACAUCUCGGGGCAGGACACAUAGAUCUUCUGUCAAGGCCCCUGAGCCAGUUGUCCCCACAGCUCCUGAGCUGCAACCUUCCACCUCCAAAGACCAAUCUAUUAUCCCCACACCUACAUCUCGGGCCACUCGGGGCAGGACACAUAGGUCCUCUGUCAAGACCCCUGAACCAGUUGUCCCCAUAGCCCCUGAGCUCCAGCCUCCUACCCCCACAGACCAACCUGUCACCGUUGAGCUCACAUCUCGGGCCACUCGGGGCAGGACGCAUAGAUCCUCUGUCAAGACCCCUGAACCAAUUGUCCCCACAGCCCCUGAGCUCCAGCCUUCUACCCCCACAGACCAACCUGUCACAAUUGAGCUCACAUCUCAGGCCAGAACACAUAGGUCCUCUGUCAAGAUCCCUGAACAAGUUGUCCCCACAGCCCCUGAGUUCCAGCCUCCUACCCCCACAGACCAACCUGUCACAGUUGAGCUCACAUCUCGGGCCACUCGGAGCAGAACACAUAAGGUCUCUGUCAAGACUCCUGAACCAAUUGUCCCCACAGCCCCUGAGCUCCAGCCUCCAACCUCCAAAGACCAGUCUGGCAUCUUCACAUCCACAUCUCGGGCCACUCGAGGAAGGACACAUAGGUCUUCUGUCAAGACCCCUGAACCAAUUGUCCCCACAACCCCUGAACUCCAGCCUUCCACCUCCAAAGACCAGUCUGUCACCACUGAGCCCACAUCUGGGGCCACUCAAGGCAGGACACAUAGGUCUUCUGUCAAGACCCCCAAACCAAUUGUUCCCACAGCCUCAGAGCUCCAGCCUUCCACCCCUACAGACCAACCUGUUACCCCCAAACCCACAUCCCGGGCCACUCGGGGCAGAACACAUAGAUUUGCUGUCAAGACUUCCGAACCAACUGUCCCCACAGCCCCAGAGCUCCAACCUUCCACCCCCACAGACCAACCUGUCGCCUCCAAACCCACAUCUCAGGGCAGGACACAUAGGUCUUCUGUCAAGACCCCCGAACCAAUUGUCCCCACAGCCCCUGAGCUCCAGCCUUCCACCCCCAGAGACCAACCUGUUACCCCUGAGCCCACAACUCCAGCCACUCGGGGCAGGACACAUAGGUCCUCUGUCAAGACCCCCCAACCAAUUGAACCCACAGCCCCUGACCUUGAACCUCCCUCCCCCACAGACCAGCCUGUCACCCCCAAAGCCAUAGCUCAGAGUGGUCAGAGCAGGACACUAAGGUCUUCUACAAUAAGGGCUAUGCCGGUUCCUACCACUCCUGAAUUCCAGUCUCCUGUCCCCACAGACCAACCUAUUCCCCCUGAGCCCAUCCCUCAAGCCAGUCGCACCAGGAGGCCAAGGGCCACUAGGAAGCAUGGGUCUCUUACAGCUCCCAUUGUCCAUGAACCCUGCUCUGCACCCCCGGAACCUAACUCAAGGAAACAAAGACAAAGAAUAGUGAGAGCAGCUGAGUCCCUUAGAACCAUUCCUGAGCCUGCCUUUGCCCAGCUUCCUGAGGCACCCACGCAUGCUUCCCAGAUCCAAAAGGUAGAGGCAGCAGGUACAUCUGGGUUCACUCCAGAGCCCCAGCCUAAGGCCUCUCAAAGCCGCAAGAGACCUUUAGCUACCCUAGACUUAUCCCCACUUCAAAAACGGCUCCCAAGAGGGAAGGUCCCCCAGAAGACAGCAUUCCUCAAGGAAGAGCAAGAAGAUCCCACAGAGAGGCCAGGGAAGAAGGAUGUAGUGAUUCCAGAACCAGGCAAGAGAAAGAGAGACCAAGCAGAGGAAGAGGGAAUACCAAGCCACAGCCUCCGACGGACCAAACCUAACCAAGAGUCCACAGCCCCCAAAGUGCUCUUCACAGGAGUGGUGGAUGCUCGAGGAGAGCGGGCUGUGCUGGCCCUGGGCGGAAGUCUGGCCAGCUCCGUGGCAGAGGCUUCUCACCUGGUGACUGAUCGAAUCCACCGGACAGUCAAGUUCCUGUGUGCCCUGGGGCGGGGGAUCCCCAUCCUCUCCCUGGACUGGCUACACCAGUCCCGCAAGGCUGGUUGCUUCUUGCCCCCGGAUGAGUAUGUGGUGACUGAUCCUGAGCAGGAGGAGAACUUUGGCUUCAGCCUUCGGGAUGCUCUGAGCCGAGCUCGGGAGCGAAGGCUGCUGGAGGGCUAUGAGAUUCAUGUGACCCCUGGAGUCCAGCCACCUCCACCUCAGAUGGGAGAGAUCAUCAGCUGCUGUGGAGGCACUGUCCUACCCAGCAUGCCCCGGUCCUAUAAGCCUCAGAGAGUUGUGAUCACAUGCUCCCAGGACUUCCCUCGAUGUUCCAUUCCAUCUCGGGUCGGGCUGCCCAUCCUCUCACCUGAGUUCCUGCUGACAGGAGUGCUGAAGCAGGAAGCCAAGCCAGAGGCCUUUGUCCUCUCCGCUUUGGAAAUGUCAUCCACCUGAAAACCCCACCCCAUUCCUUCCCAGACCAAUAAAUAAAAUGUUAGAAGAUAUUUAGAAGAAAGAACUUAGGGCUGUAGAAAGGAUUGGGAUGUAUUGAUCUGAUUUGUCUUGGAAUAUGGGUGGGACCAAAAAGGCUUAUGGGUAAAGAGAAAGAUAGAUUGGGAGCCACAGAUUUUCUUAAAUGACCUUUUAAAAUUGGCUAAUCCCAUGCUCAGAUAUCUUGAGCAGCUCUCAUCUUUACUUAGUCUGAUGUGCUUAUUGCUUUGUGGCACACAUGGUGUCCUGCCUCCCAUUUGGAAGCCAUCUCUCUUCCUCUUUUCUUGCUGGGAUUCUCUCUUGUCCUCCGAAAGAUAGUGGAAACAAUUUUAGUGUCAGGAACUUGAAGGGAUGCUUGGAGUGAGUAAGCGUGAGGGUGGAGUUAUGGAAUGCUACUAAAAUGUCGUCUUCUCCUCUGGCCCCAUCUUGUUAGAAGCGCCCUUUAGCUUUGACUUUGAGCAAAUCUCUGCACUUUUCUGGCCUGCUAUUCCAGUCUUUAUAAAAUUAGAGUUUAGACUUAUCCUCUGUGAUAAAUAAAUAUUCACUUUGUGCCUUA